UUUGUAUCUAUAUCUGUUGUUCGUACAGGACAUUUGGGGCAUGCGCAGUUGCAAGAACAGUUAUGAAACCAUUCAUUCUGUUGCCCCGGUUAUAGUGUAGGCUACAGUGUAUGCACAGUCGAAACAGUGUGUCAAUAACUUGAGAACGGUGUGGUCUUGAAGACUAUUUAACCUAUUUUGUCACUGGGGAUGACAUAGGACACCAGCACUUAUCCAUUUGUUAUAGCCUGGUCCAUCAUGACCAUAAACUCAAUCCACUGGUUCCGUAAGGGGUUACGUCUCCAUGAUAACCCUGCCCUGCUGGAGGCCGUGCAGGGGGCAGACACCUUGCGCUGUGUCUACUUUUUGGAUCCUUGGUUCGCAGGUUCGUCGAGUGUGGGUGUCAACAGGUGGAGGUUCCUGCUGCAGUGUCUGGAGGAUCUGGACGCCAGCCUACGCAAGCUGAACUCGCGUCUGUUUGUCAUCCGAGGCCAGCCGGCCAACAUCUUUCCCCGUCUCUUCAAGGAGUGGAAGAUCUCCCGACUGACCUUCGAGUGUGACUCAGAACCAUUCGGGAAGGAGCGAGAUGCAGCCAUCAAGAAGCUGGCGUCAGAGGCCGGGGUGGAAGUCAACGUCAAGACCUCCCACACACUUUACAACUUGGACAAGAUUAUUGAACUAAAUGGUGGUCAGCCUCCUCUCACCUACAAACGUUUUCAGACACUGGUCAGCACCAUGGACCCCCCUGACCCACCUCAGAAACCGCUCAGCAAGGCCUUGAUGGGCAGGUGCACCACACCUGUGUCUGAAAACCACCAGGAGAAAUAUGGAGUCCCCUUACUGGAGGAGCUAGGUUUCGACACAGAAGGCUUGUGUCCUGUUGUGUGGCCUGGAGGAGAGACGGAGGCUUUGACCAGGAUAGAGAAGCAGUUUGGAAAGGAUUCGGCUUCAACGAUGGAGGAGAUCUUUCAGAGGCCCAAACUGAACAGCAGCCUGCUGGUGGCAAGUCCUCUUGGCCUGAGCCCAUACUUGCGCUUCGGCUGCCUGUCCUGCCGCCUGUUCUACUCCAGACUCACCGAGCUCUACAAAAAGGUGAAUAAGAACCCUAACUACGACAAGCUGCUGUGGCGUGAGUUCUUUUACACUGCGGCCACCAACAACCCACGCUUUGAUAAGAUGGAGGGCAACCCCAUCUGCAUCCGCAUCCCCUGGGACAAGAACCCCGAGGCGCUGGCCAAAUGGGCCGAGGCCAAGACGGGCUUCCCCUGGAUCGACGCCAUCAUGACCCAGCUGCGGCAGGAGGGCUGGAUCCACCACCUGUCCCGCCACGCUGUGGCCUGCUUCCUGACCAGAGGAGACCUGUGGAUCAGCUGGGAGGAGGGCAUGAAGGUGUUUGAGGAGUUGUUGCUGGACGCUGACUGGAGUAUGAAUGCGGGCAGCUGGAUGUGCCACUCCUGCAGCUCCUUCUUCCAGCAGUUCUUCCACUGCUACUGCCCGGUGGGCUUCGGCCGCCGCAUCGACCCCAACGGGGAUUUCAUUCGACGCUAUUUACCUGUCCUCCGAGAUUUCCCUACCAAGUACAUCUUCGACCCGUGGAACGCCCCCGAGGACGUGCAGGUGGCGUCCAAGUGCAUUGUGGGAGUCGACUACCCCAAGCCCAUGGUGAACCACGCUGAGGCCAGUCGCCUCAACAUUGAGAGGAUGAGGCAGAUCUACCAGCAGCUCUCGCGCUACAGAGGCCUCAGCUUGCUGGCGACUGUACCGUCCAGCCACGGGGAGGAUGUCAAUGUGAACGGGCUCAAAGGAGUGGUAGCGCCCUCCUCUGGCAAAAGGCGUCGCGGGAGUGGACAUGGCAGCCGCAGGGACCACCGGUCAGGGGAGGAGCACGCUGGACCCAGCGGAGUGAAGCACCGCAGCGCGGGAGCCGCAGAGACUCUGAACUGUUGUGGGAAAGCCCAGUCUGGCCAUGGAGUAGCUGGCGCACAGGGCCAGGGAGACUUCUCCCAUUUUGUCAUUCCACAGCAACCAUACCGACUAAGCCGCCUGGGUAGCGGUGGCUCGGGGAAGAGAGAGCGCGAGUCGGAACAGGAAGCUGGCGUUGAUAAUGGUUUGCCAACGUCAGCCCUCAAGGUCCAGUGGCACAGCAAUGUGAAGAAUGCAGCUCAGCAGGAGGAAAGAAUGACUAUGUCAUCAUGAGACGUUCCAUGUAGAAACAGAUAUAUAAAUAUUGUGCUAUACUAUUAUGUGCUAAAUAUAUAUCAUCUGUUUUUGCUUGUUUUUUAUUUAAAAACAAAAGAAAAACAAAAACAUCUGUAUUUCAAACAAGAAAAAAAAAUGUUUCCUAUCAAAACAUUAGGCUUGUUGUUACAAAAAAUGUUGGACCCAAAGGUAGAUUUGAUUGCCCUGUUAAAUGUGCAAUUGGAUUAUUUUAAACCGUCUGAAUUAAUGACAUGUUUUAAACUUUUUUUUUUUUACCCUUCUAUGAUGGAAGUUUCUCUGUAAACAGCUCUUUGUAGUGUCUUACAUACUCGUCUACGCCUAUUUGACAAAAAACUCCUCAGCACUUGUAAAGUGUUUGUUUUGGGGAGUCUGCUGAAUGUUGCCAACAGCCCGAUAGGAGCUUGUGUAAUUGAAGUUUGACUGACAAUCACCAGCAAAUGACUUACCGUAAAACCUGUAACCCAAAAACUGCCAGUUUAUUAUUUUAGUCUGUCACACAUGAAUGGGGCUUUAUAUUACUUCAUAGGUCUGUAUCAGACCUGUCAGUUCCAGCCCUUACGCUCAAAUUGUUUUGUCUCUGAGAGCAACUAUACCUCUAUCCAGUACCUCUAGUCAAGUCUUCUGUACCCACCUGCCAUCUCUAUAUGGAGAUGGCAAAGGAUGAUGAGAAGGCUGCAUGCAGUUCUCAUCCUUGCUACCGCUUGCUAAGAUAACUGAUCUGUGUGUAGUGUGCGGCCCUCCUUAAUCUUCCAUGACUGACAGUUGGCAAACAUGCUGGGUAGGUCCUCUGUAAACUGUUUACAUCAGGGUGGAAAGGCUGGCAUCACUGCGCAUUGCCAAUAAACUCAUCCAGACCUUCAUACUGGUUUCCCCUUCCAUGUCAUUGUCUUUUCCUCACAUGGCCCAGGUACAAGCCUUCUUUUUGCCAUCUUUGGUUUAAUUGUGUUGUGACCAGAUGGAUAGAUUGCCGUCACCUUCUCUAGGGAAAGCAAUGUGUAUAAAUCACCCCCCGUCUUCCAUAUUGUGCGUCAUUACCAUGACAACUCUCAUAAUUACUCUGACAUAUCCCUGUGGGUGAAGACAGUUUAAAUUCCAGUUGGACUCUGUGGCGUUUGGCAGUAGUGCUACAAAAUAUGCAUUUCACCUUGUGUUUCUGGAGUUGUCCUGGAUCCCUCAAAAAGGUUUUGCCAGCAGCUUUGCAUGUUCAUCUUAUGUUCUUCAUUGGCUUUCUGUAUACAACAGUUGAUGAGCUGAACGCUGUACAUUGUUGCCAUUGUGUUCUCAUUUUUCUACUGAAAUUUAAUUUUUCCUUUUUUGCUUCUAUUGUAAAUUUAUAGAAAAAAAAAUGCUGUAUAAAAAGCUUGUUUGUGUAUAUUGUACCACUUUAGAUGACAAAUAAAAUUGGUUGAAAAUCA